UCUCCCAGAAGUCUGACUGGGGGCAAGGGCUCUCAACCACCGUCCUGGCCACUCACCCGCUUUUCCCCGGCCGGGUGGGCCGGACUGCCCCGUCCGGGUCGCCAUCUCCUUGGCGACGACGCAGGCUCACGCCUCGCUGGCCUCGGUUACCACGACAACCGGAGUCCUGGGGCGGACGGAGAGCCGGGGACCCGUGCCGGCAGCCCUCAGCGAAUCCCACAACCUGGACACCGUGUUGUGGGCUGGCCUCGGGACGCAGCCUUGGGCCCAGAGCUCUCGGCAGGAAGGCAGCCCCAAGGUAGACCCCCAGGGAGCCCACAGGGGCCAGGCGGAGAGGCACAAGACAGGGCUGAGGCCCCUGGAGGAGGACCCAGCCGAAGGACACCCCUCUCAGUGGGGGAGACCUGCAUGGAGGGACCGUGGCCGGCAGGACAGCUCCCCUGGGUGUGAGCCCCACUGCAGGGACUGUCAGAGUGCAGGAGCUGGACGCCUGGUGCAAGAGCCGCGUGGCCCCACCUCCUCUCCGGACCCCGACCUGGUCAUCCCCAGGGGCCGCAUGCCGGGCAGGGCCUCUGUCCGUGCCCAGCGGGUGCCAGGGCCUCCAGCCAGAACUCCUUCCUGGUGCAGCAUCCCAGGACACCCCCUGGGGAGAAGGCCCCCGCGUGUGACCACCGUGGGGCCCAGGUGCUGCACUGGAGCUGCCCCCGCGCUGCGCUGUGCGAGGUCCGCUCGGACUGCCCCCCGCGCACACAUCCCUGUCCCAGGACCCUGCCGCCGGCCUCUCUCCAGCAGAGUCCUUUCGUGGAGCUUCCUGCCGCGGGCCGGCACAGAGAGGCCUGUACCCGAAUGUCCCCGCUGGCCCCUCAGGAGCUGAUGCAGGCGGCAGAGGAGCCCCUUCCGUGUGCCUGGUGCGGAAAGCGCUUGGGCCCCAAUGAGCAGCGGAUGGGACGAGGGCCCCCCGAUGUGUCCUAGGUGCGACCAGGCCUCGGGUCCUUUCCCCCAUGAGCCCGGCCGCCCGGUCCAGCAGCUGUACGCCUGCGUCGAGUGCGGCAAGGCCUUCACGUGCACCUCAAGACUGCUGCAGCCCGAGGGCAUCCACACGGGUGAGCGGCCCUAUGUGUGCUGAACGCGGCCAGGCCUUCGUGCGCUGCUCCGGCCUCCAGGGUCACCAGAAGACGCACUCGGCCGAGCACCGCAACCGCGCCGCGGCCCUGGCCACGCGGGCCUUCCGGCCGAGGUGCUCGCUGCGCGGGGAGAAGCCCCAUGAGUGCACCGAGUGUACCAAGGCAUUCGGCCUGCUCUCGCACCUGGCGGAGCACCGGCGGCGCGCGCACACCGGCGAGCGGCCCUACGGCUGUCCCGAGUGCGGCAAGACCUUCCAGGGCUGCUCCGAGCUGCACCAGCACGAGCGCCUGCACUCGGGGGAGAAGCCCUGCAUCCGCGCCGACUGCGGCCGGGCCUUCGUGCGCAACUGCAGCCUCGCGCGCCCGGCGCGCGCACACCGGCGAGCGGCCCUACGCGUGCGGCGCCUUCAGCCAGCGCUCCAACCUCCACGAGUACCAGCAGCGGCCCGCGGGCGGCGCGUUAAACCUCGCCUCGCGCACACGGCGUCCACAGGUGUCCCCCACCUGAAGCUUCCUAGGGGGCUUCAGUAG